AUGAAAAAAAUCGAGACUCUAAGUGCCUGCGAAUGUCUGUCAGUAAAUAACUGCAGUUCAGUUGGUAACUUAACCUCUCUAUUGAGACUCUCUUUGGAACAUGUUAAAAUUUCUGAACUUCCUCUAGAGAUUGGAGUGCUCGUAAAGCUUGAAUACUUGUCUUUGAGAGGGUGUAAUUUGCUUAAAAGAAUUCCGGAGAAGAUUGGGAAUUUGGAAUCACUAGUCAUGCUGAAUCUGUCCCACACACAUAUUGCAGAGUUGCCAAAUUCACUUGGGAACUUGAAGAAUUUGAAAACACUAAGGAUGUGUAGUAGUUCCAUCAGAAGCAUACCCAGUGCAAUUGGGAUGUUGGAGAAAUUGGAAGAGUUGGAUGCAGAGAACUGCCAACGUCUGGAAGGGACAAUCCCUGAUGAUAUUGGGAGGUUAUUAUCUUUGAGGAUCUUGAAACUUUCAGACACCAGAAUAUGUUACAUACCGAGGCUUCCUGAAAGCCUGCUCAGUGUGCAUAUAGGUACUAAUUUGAUGACAGAACUUCCAGAUCUAUCGAUCCUGAUAAAUUUGAGAGAGUUGAACUUGGAGAUUCCACAAGUUCCCAAGUUUUGUUUGGGUGAAGAGGAUUCUACUUUCGUGGACACGACGGAGCUUGUACGGCAUCCAUCACCGUGGUGGAUUGGAAGGUUAUGCAAUCUGGAGUCUCUAAAGUUGUCUUGUGACAACAUAAUUGUCCUCCAUGCAGAUAUUGGUCUUCUCUCAGAACUCAAAAGACUUGAACUUGUUUGUUUUAAGCUGCAAUUCCUCCCUAGGCUUCCAUCAGGCUUAUUGUGCUUGCUUAUUAAAUCCUCUAGGUCAUUGGAAUCAUCAAUAGAUAUAUCAAAUUUGAAGGAACUGUCAGAGCUAAGGAUUUAUUCUUCUGCAAUAACAGGUGUCCAUGGCCUUGAUGGUUUGGAGAAUCUUCAAACUUUGGACCUUCAAGCAUUGAGUACACUAGAGAGAUUACCUGAUCUUUCAAACUUAAAGAAGCUCAAUGAACUGCAUUUGGGGCACUGUCAUAAUCUGGUUGAUAUUCAAAGUAUUCAAGGCUUGGGACAUCUGAGGAUUUUGGAGCUCAUAGACAUUGUACAACUUGAGAGAGUCCCUGAUCUAUCAAACUUGAAGAAGCUGACUGAACUUCAUCUGCAGCAAUGUCAUAAUCUAACUGAGAUUCGAAGCUUUGAGGGUUUGGAGAACCUGAUAAUGUUAGAGUUAGGUGAACUCCCUCUGCUUGAGGGAUUGCCUGAUCUCUCAGACUUGAAGAAGCUCACCAAACUUGAUGUACGGCAAUGUCACCUUCUUGUCAAGAUUCAAGGAAGAUUAGAUUCACUGGAAGAUUUGUGCAUCUAUGGAUGCAGAUCUUUGGUUGAGAUGCCUGCUCCUUCAAGUUUCAAGAAUCUGAAAUCUCUGCAAUUGCGUGAUUGCGAGAUGUUACAAAUGCAGCAGGUUUGGUUGCCGAAGUCUGAUACAGUUGACACGGAAUUUGGAAGUUCGGAAUGUUUGAUGACGAGACGGUCAGGCAUCUGCGUGUGUCAGUUGGGUAGACAUUUUUUCUUGCCAUCUCUUCCGUCUUGA